GUCUUUCUCUCAAAACCCCACCAUCCUUUCAUCUCUAACACACACAUAAAAUCCCCUUUCUGCAAAUCUCUUCAAUCUCUCAUUCCUUUUCCCUUAUUUCUUUCUCUCUCUCUCAAUGCAACCCUAAUUCUCUUCUAAAACCCUAAAUUCUUCUUAAAAAUCCAAUCUUUCCUCUACUAUCUUUCUUUUCUUCAAAAAAAUGCCCAACCCCAACAAGCUCAAACAACAGUUUCUCAAGAAAUGGUUGGUAGGUCUUAAGUCAACCACUUCUUCAAACACAAACAUGAACAUCCUAGAAAGAAAGAAAGCCAUAAAGAUGUCGGCCGACUACGCGAUGGCCGCAACGAGGAACGGCUCGACUAUUUGGAGUCGAGCCAUCAUUGCCAAAUCUAUUAAAGGCCAAGCUCCACUUGAAGCCAUAUCGAAUCGUCAAACGAUUUAUGCGAAGCUCCAAAGGAAGAAGAUGACGACGACGACACUGUGGAAGAUGGGUCGGAGAGUAGGUCGAAAAGUGGCGAGGAGCCGCUCGCCUCCGUGGAAGGCUUUAGCAAGGACGGUUGCAAAGAGAUUGGUUGAGAAAAGAACCAAAGUUUUGAGGAGUUUGGUUCCGGGAGGAGAGUUUAUGGAGGAUGAAGUUUUGUUGAUUGAAGAAGCCCUAGAUUAUAUAACGUUUCUUCAAGCUCAGGUUGAUGGAAUGCGUUUUCUUGCUAAUUAUUGCAAAUGAGAAUUCAAAAUAUCAAAAUUUAGGUACUCAAUUAAUUACUUUGUAAUAUCAUUUCUUUUUCCAAAGGGCUUGUUAGGGAGAAUAUAUAUUCACUAAUGCAAUAUUGUACAUGUGAAAAUAUAUUUUAUAUAUAUAGAUUUAAGUGAAUUUCAAGUUUUUUAA